AUUCAAAUUAUAUAUUUAAGAUUAUUGUCAAAGAAUAAAAUGAGAAUCAAGUGACAGUUUUCGAUGAUAGAUUUAGAGUGGGCGAUUGGUCUAAAUCGACUUAUGUUGAAACUCAUCGGCUCGUGGCCACCGGAUAAUCGAGAUCCUCAUAAGACGUUAAAAUCGAAAAUUCGGCUACUGUGCAGCAUUAUCAUUUUACUUUUCAUACUGGCAAUACCAUCAUUUCUAUCAUUGAUAAGAGUAUGGGGCGAUAUGAUUCUAAUGGUAGAUAAUUUAAUAUACAGCCUACCUGUGUCGAUCGCUAUACUAAAAGUUUGCAUUAUUUGGUACAAACAAGAAGAUUUAGUGUCUCUGAUUGACAUGAUCGCGACAGACUGGAUGAAACCAAAGAUGAAAGAGGAGCGGGACGUUAUGCUAAGGCUCGCAAAGAUCAGUCGUAUGAUCGCUAUAGGUGGAUGUUUCCUGCCAUUCAUUCCAAUGAUAGUUUGUUUCGCUCUUACAUAUUUUGGACUGACUCUCAGACACGUGACUAAUCUGACAGACCUUGGUAAACCCUUGAUGGUACAAACAUACUAUUUAUACAACGUUUCCAAGAGUCCGCAGUUCGAAUUGACGGUUUUCGCCCAAGGAAUUGCUUUGUUCAUAAUGUGUAUCUCUUUUUAUGCGGUUGACCAUUUCCUCGGGCUAUUAGUCCUGCAUGUAUAUGGCCAAAUGGAGAACUUGCAUAUCCGAUUGGCACGUAUGGAGCGGUAUGCUAACUUUGAUUCAGUUUUGAAAUAUAAUGUCCAGGAUCACUGCCGCUUAAUCAGAUCCAUUGAAAUCAUCGACGAUUCAUUCGACCUGUUGCUACUUGUCAUAGUAGUAUAUUUCGGCAUAAUAUUCUGUCUAUUAGGAUUUCUUAUAAUUAACAUUCUUAAUGACAACGGUCAAAUAUCAUUGAUGCAAUUAGGUUGGUUCGCUGUAGGAACCAUAACAGUUUUGUUACAUAUGGGCCUUUACUGCGCCGUUGGCGAAACUCUCGUGAUGCAAUGUGAAAAGAUUCAUCGUGCCGCAUACGAUUACACAUGGUACACUUUAGAUCCAAAAUCAGCGAGGAAAUUGAUUCUAAUAAUGCUGCGUGCAAGCAAACCACUGUACAUCACGGCUGGGAAAACAUUUCCCAUGACGAUGGCAACGUUUUGCAACUUGUUGAAAACAUCAACAGGUUAUAUAUCUGUCUUGCUUGCCAAUCAAGAUUAGCAGCGACAUUAAGAUUUUUGUAUUUAAAUUUUGA